UCAGUUUUCGUGUUGUCGUGUAGUUUUGGAUUCUGUAUAUUUCUUGAAAUUAUGUAAAUGUAUAUUAUCGUAACAUUAAUAUAACUGUUAAAUACAUUUACAUGUAAAUAAUUAAGUAGAAUGAAGUUACAGUUUUGAAGGAAUCAUUUAAUAAUAUAUGAAAUAAUGUAUGAACCAACUUUACGUUAUGAGAAGAUAGACUUUCUGGGAGAGGGACAGUUUGCUACUGUAUAUAAAGCAAAAGAUGUGAAAAGCGAUAAAAUAGUCGCCGUUAAAAAAAUUAAAAUUGGAUCGCGUUUGGAGGCUCAAGAUGGGAUCAAUCGCACUGCUCUCAGAGAAAUAAAAUUGUUACAAGAACUGCAGCAUAUCAACCUCAUUGGAUUAUUAGAUGUAUUUGGACAGAAGUCAAAUGUAUCAUUAGUGUUUGACUUUAUGGAUACUGACUUAGAAAUAAUAGUAAAGGACAGCAAUAUUGUACUUACUCCUGCUAAUGUUAAGGCAUAUACUAUUAUGACUCUCAAAGGACUGGAGUAUUUACAUCAAAAUUGGAUACUGCAUAGAGAUUUGAAACCUAAUAAUUUACUUAUAAACCGUGAAGGAAUAUUGAAGAUUGGAGAUUUUGGUCUGGCAAAAGCAUUUGGAUCACCGACCAGAAUAAACACUCAUCAAGUUGUGACAAGAUGGUAUAGAUCUCCAGAGUUGUUGUUUGGUGCACGGCAAUAUGGAACUGGUGUUGACAUGUGGGCAGUGGGUUGCAUAUUAGCUGAGUUACUACUGAGAGUGCCGUUUCUGCCCGGGGAGUCUGAUUUAGAUCAGCUUUCCCGAAUCUUUCAGGUGUUUGGAACUCCAAAUGAAGAAACAUGGCCCGGCAUGAAGAACCUCACGGACUACGUGCAGUUCAAGCAGUUCCCGGCGCAGCAGCUGCGGCACAUCUUCAGCGCGGCGGCGGACGACCUGCUGCAGCUGCUGGACCGCCUGCUCGCGCUGUACCCGCCCGCGCGCUGCGACUGCACGCAGGCGCUGCAGAUGCCCUACUUCAGUAAUAAACCAGCACCAACUGUAGGUGCGAAGUUGCCCAUGCCUACAAAUAUAUCCAAAAUGGAAUCCGAGAAGCCAUCGCUCAAGAGGAAACUAUUAGAUAAUAUAGAUGGCGGUAGUCUCGCUAAACGUCUACAAUUCUGAACUUCCAAUAAAAUGUGAACGGACACUGCCUUUGUUGAGGACUUAGCAAGUGCAAUAGAUUUAUAUUAAUGCAUUUGUUGAAUUCAUCAUUGAUUCUAUUGGUUUUGUUUACGUUACAAAAUAAAGCUGGACUUUUAGCUUGACUUUAUUAUAGACUAUUGAUUGAUAAUUUUGUAAAACAGACAAAUAUAUUUUGA